AUGUCCAACUACAACUAUUCGCCGGAUAAUUUCAGUGAUGCAAACGACUUCCUGCCACCACCCAACCCGUCAGACACGCACAUCUCCGUGUCUCCCUUCAUAAACAUCGAAAAAGAUCCCGUUUCGUUCAACUUCCUAGUCCAGGCAGCCAUCGUUGACGCAAAGAACUACCACAUUCUGUCCUACGAUGAGCUGGACGAAAAGAAGAAGGAGCUACAGCUGCUCGAGUCACGAUACGAGACUCUCCUGCACAAAAUUGAGCUCGAAAAGAAGGUCGGGGAGGCUGCCAAAUCGCUCGCACGUCUGCAUGAAGAUGGCAGUAAACGAUCAAGUUUCCUCAAAUCAACCAAACGACACAGCCAACAGGCCACUGACGAACACAUCAUCAGUGUGCGUAAAAUCACCGAAAUGAACACAGACGCCAUUGAACUGCACAACCGCAUCACAGCUCUCAAGGAGACAGUCCUACAACAUUCGGUAGCUGUGCUGGCUUACUCGCAACUCAACCCAGCCGCCGCCGCAGCAGCCCAGGCAGAGGAUCCAGUAAAGGUGGGCAAGCAGCUCGACACGCUGAUCAGCCAGCUAGGUGACGAUCACGUGAUGCAGCAGACUGAGUCCCGUGACCUCCCCGCCAAGGUGCAUGCUCUUUCUGGACUCUGUCAGCAACUGACCCAGCAGUGUCGCGACCAGAUUGACUACAACACAGACAUGCUAGGCCGAGUUCUGGAGUCCCGUGACCAAGCUUUUGACCAGCGGCAGUAUCCUCAUUUCCACGACAUGUUGGCUUAUCUACAGGAGGGAGGAGGAAGUGGUGGUAAUGGUGAGGUGAGCAAGUCACGUGAGGUCGGUGCUGGACAUGAAAUCAAGCCUACUGGAGCUCAUGAGAUGGGUCAGACACGUGAUGUGGUGUCUACACCUGUGCUCAAGUCAGAUUCGCGUGACUUGCUUGAUCUGCAGGAUGCCCUUCGAUCACACAAAUUUGCAUCUUCUGCUCAGAUUCAGGAUCUCAAUUCUGAGUUGACGCUCGCCACAGAACAGGUCUCAGAGUACCGAGACAAGUGUGAUUCUCUGAGUCGGGAACUGGACUCUGUUGUGCAGUCGCUUGAGGACCUGACUGUUCAGACUGUGGAUUAUGAGUCAGAGCGGCAGAAGAUGGAAGAUCAGAUUAACCAGUUGCGAAGCAAACUGCAAGAGGCUGGUACUUCACGAGCGGUGACUGGGUUGGAGGCUUCUGGGGGUUCCGAAUCUGAGUCGGUGACCAUGUUGGUGCACAAGUUCAGAGACCAGAUUCGCACCAUGCGCGAGGAGCACUUACAGGAGUUACAGAAGGAGCAGGAUGAAAAAAAGAAGCUGGUCAGCGUGGUCCGAGAGAUCAAACGAUCCAGUUACAUCCGGGCUUAG